AUGACAACUGCACCACCAGUGCAUCAUACUGGCCCCGAUAGUGGCAUACCCGGCCAUCUCAACCAUCUUCCUCGCUAUCACCCCAUUGCCAUGAAUCCAAAUCCACCUCAUCAAAUGCCACCUCCGGAGCAGAUGGUGCAGAGUCAUCACUUCCGUCAUUUUGCGCCGCCCAUGCAUGAACAUCAUCCCUCCCAAGGAGUGCCACCAGUACACAGUCCAGCUUCUUUGGAACAUAUCGAAGCUCGACUUCGACAUCUAGAGCACGAGGAAAUGGCCCGGAAUGCAGCCCGUAGUCGCAUUCUGGCAAUGCGCAAACAUGAAGACGAGGAAUUUCGGUCAAUGACCGAACGAGCCGAGGCAGAGGAAGAGGAUCUUCGACGACAACGCAAGAAGUUAAAGAGAGAGUCUAUGGGCUUGGGACUCAAUGCCGUGAGCGACUCGCCGCCUCUACGUCCCACACCACCUCGCCGAUUAUCAGAGACCAGUGCAGCAACCACAUUAGCUUUCUUCAAGCAGCAGAGCCCCCCGGAGCCCCGUCAAGCCCCCCCUUCCACCUACAUCUCAGGCACCGCCCUCAAUGCCACCACCACCUCACAUGCAUACCCAACCUCAUCACCAAGCUCCUCCACCUCCUCCACCUUCUCAGCAUCCACACCCAAGGCAUGGGGCGAACGCCACGGCCGACCAGCAGCGCAUGAUCCAUCUGGGCGAGCGUUGUGGAAACGACCCUCCGACGGAAGCCUAGUAUACCUCACCUGUCCGAUCCACGGCUGCGGGAAAUCCGACUUUGUCACCCUCCACGGCUUCAUGUGCCAUCUCACUAAGAAACACAAAGACCGCACGUUGGGCAGCCAGUCCCGGGCUCUCGAAGUCUGCGGUGUAGUCUACGAUCCGAACGCCCCCCUCCCGCCAGUCAUGAAUAGCCACCGUGCCUCAACAGAGGGAAGUCCCCUGGGCUCUAUUCCCAUGGACCACGAUGGCGACCAGCACUAUGAUGAGAUGGACUCCGAGUCCGAGGGCGAGCUUGAGCGCGAGAGCUCCUACCGAGUCAAAACCGAAGUUUUAGAUCGGUUCAUGCUUGACGGCGAGGGCACUCCCAUCGACUCUGCCGCGGCAACACCCCCCAAGCACACAGUCAACGGAUCGACCAAGCAGUCCAUCUCGUCUAUUAUCGACCGCACCCCGGAAACGGAUUCCAGAGAGGUGCUGGCAACCAUCCCACCGUCAGAAUCGGGGAUCCAAGGUCCAUCCCCUACACCAACCGAGUCAUCUGUGCCAUCGAAACGCAAAUAUGAAUUCUCGCCGCCUGCCGCGGAAAAAGAAAAUGCGGAGCCUUAG